GAGGACAGAGAGGCGAGCAUUUGUCCUCGAGCUUGCUGGGAACAAGAGCUACGUUCAGGAGAUCGUCGCAUUAAAACUGUCGGCUCAGUCGCUGGUGACGAAGGCGGGUUCCCUCCUGGUGCGUCCUCGUCGUCAGUGUCCGAGACUCCACCUCCUGACGGAUCGAGAACUCAUGUCUCUGGUGGCUGAGCCCACUCCUGAGGUGGCGAAUUCCUUCGUUCAUAAGAUUUUCAACAAUAUCUCGUCAAUAAAAUCGUGUAACGGGUCAGUGACGGGGCUCGUAAGUAUGGAAGGGGAGCAGCUGGCUCUGUCCUCGCCUGUACAGCUUGACGGGGCCGGUGUGGCCAUUGGCGUGGCUAUGCAGGACCUCCUCGAUGGUACGCACUCUGCCGUCAAGUCUGCAGUACGCAGAGCCAUUGAAGAAUUAGGGAUGCAAGGGCGCUUAACGCGGCCGCUACUGCAGGAAGUUCAAGUGGUUGGAGUAACUAUAGCUUGGAGAGUGUGGUGGGCGGCCUGUGUCAACCUGGCUCUCCACACCCAUACUAAAGGAGCUCGACAAGCCUUACGUCAACAGCUACUGAAAAUAAAUGAAGACAUUUCUUUCCUGCUGGGGGUGAUGGGGAGAGGCCAACGUCAAGAGGAUGAGGAGGAAGCAGAAUAUCAGGAGCCAAUGUUGCCUCUGAGCUCUGGGCGGACCCCCUCUGGACGGUCUCGUCGGACGGCUCGUAGGACCUCAGUGGUUCCAAUUCCAGCUUCCAGGUGCCUCCCUCUUCUCAUGGCUCUCAUUCACGCUAGAGAUGUCACCUCAAGACUCGUCAGACAUAAUGCAAACAAUGUAGACAACUUCACCUGGAUCUCUGUUCCCAGAUACUUGUGGCACUCCCAGAGUGCCAGACUGGAGCUUUGUGUGGCCUAUCGUGCUAUAGAGUACGGUUAUGAGUAUAGUGGGUGUGGCCAGGAGGACUAUGUUAUAACCCCCACUACUGAGCGGUCACUGGUCGCUCUCUUCACGGCUAUAGCCGCUCACACGCCGCCGCUGCUAAUUGCGAGGACUGGAGGUGGGAGGCAGAGCUUGGUACAGGCCGCAGCGUUCCUGGCCGGGAGGUUCACCACAGCUUUCACUCUCUCUGCUCUCACUCCAACAACCACACUAACUUCACUGUUGGCAGGUUCGUUGAUCGGUGGUUGGUGGUUGUUGCUUCGUGAGGUGAGCCUUGCCACGCCCGCCAUCUUGGCGUCUCUGGCCUCAACUCUCCUCAACAUUCAUCGCGCCCACACCUACACGCCUUCCUCACCUGUCAUCCAGAUAAAUGGGCAAGAGGUGCGCUUGCACGGUGCCGCAGGUGUCCUCCUCUCAACUGAAGCACCCGAGAAUUCACCCAGAGUGCCUCUUGGAGCACUGGAAGCGUCGCCUGGAGUGCCUUACCCAAGGUCCCUUCCCGGCUCCCUGGAAGCACUGAGCAGACCGGUCUGGAUAUCAGCUCCGCCGGCUCGCGCCCUGGUUUUCGCCUGGCUCCAGGCUUAUGGUGUGCCCAAGGCGCAGGACGUCUGUGAGGCCAUUGACGAAGUUUCCCGUCAAGUGUUGGGCUCGCUGAGGCAGGAGACAACGACUCGUGGUCUGCGACUCCAGCUGCGACUGAUGCGAGAGGUCAUGCGGGUGAUGGAGGCCACACACUACUCGAGCUCCGCUGUUGAAGCUGCCGUGGGCGCCUUCAGGAACGUACUGUCUCCACGCCUUCCCCAAGAAUGUGCGUUGGCAGUCUCCAGCGUGCUGGACCUCCUUCAUCCUCCACACACACCGUCUCCUCCAACGCCGGACCGUGGUGAAGGCAGCGCUGGAGACCGCGAGCCAGAGACGUUGUUACGGAAAAUGGGACUUAGAGUCCAUCCACAACAGAUAAAAGCCAUUGGAGCUGUAGCCAAGGCUCUGGCUGACUGGCGCUGUGUUGUCUUAGUUGGACCGCCUCGUUCAGGCAAGACCACUAUCAUCACCACGGCCAUACAGGUGUUCGAGCGUGACCACGGUCUGCGUCUCUCCCUGGCGCAGAGGUCCUCUAGGAGUCAAGGCCCCGACCAGGGAUCAACGCAUCGCUCACAAAUCAGCACCACUGACAGAGGCACGGCUUCAACUGACGACAUGGAUGGCACUGACAUUGAUAUACUCACGUCCACCAGGCACCUUGUCAACCAACAACUCUAUACGUUAAGGCCUCAUAGCUAUAGUCAGAGCAGGUUGUUGGGCACUGCAAGUGAAGAUGGUCUCCUGCCGCGCCUCCUGCAGCAGUUGGCCGUCGGCUCCACACACAGUUUCGUGGUUUUUGAAGGAAAAGAAGCAAGCCAGUGUUUGCUCCGUCUCCAAGACCUCCCUGGCACCCUGUUGCUCGACUCCCUCACUGCUCUCCCAUCCAACUCAAAUCUCACAUUUGUUGUAGAGGCAUGUGGCCUGGAGGAGGUGCCCUCGUGGGUAUUGGGGCGGGCCGGCGUGGUCCAGGUCGACCCCGACACCUUGUCUCCAGCAGCACUCUUACCCAAGCCGGAUCUCGUCCCCCCGACGCCCACCAGCGACCGCCAAAGUAGCAGCCGGGCCUCCGUCACCCCCAGGAGCGUCCUGAGUAGCACACCUGCUACACCUGUGGUGCCUGAGCAGCGUCAGGAGCCACCUGCACCUGUGGAGGUCAUGCACUGGCUCACAUAUCGACUGCUGCAACCUGUGUUGCAACUUCUCGGCGAGAGCUCUUGUUGCUCACAGCACUUCGCUGCGGUGGAUAUUAUGGAGCAGAUAGACAACUUAUCUUUGAGUGAGAGCGACGGUAUGAGCGUGCAUCAUGUAGCAGCAAGAGUGCAAGCGGUGAUACAGGUCACCAGGUCAAUUGUUGACCCGUCACUCUUGCCGGAAUUGCAAGAAACUCUCACCUGUGCUCUUGAUAACGCGGUUGCUGAUAAAGUUCUCGAGGUUCCACUACAAGAAGUGCUGGAGAGUUUGGGAGGCUGCAGCGGUCCUGUGUACGAGCAGCUGUGGGACGCUGACUGCAGCUGCUGGCGCCCCUGGCACACGGCGCCACCAGCCAGGGACGACGACGACCCUCCCUCAGACACACGUCAACUGGGGCUUCCCUUCAUUCCUUCAGGCGAGACCCGAAGGUUGAGUUGGGUACUCCAGAAUAUGGUUACAGUAAGGCGGCCGCUGGUGGUGGUGGGACCGGCGGCUUCCGGCAAGACAACAACUGCCCUGGCGACCUUGAGGGCUCUCAAGAGCUGGGUUACAGUUACAGUGAACGUAACCUCGUCGACGUCAACAGAGGAGCUGGAGGAGGCGGUAUUGAGCUACGUCUCGCGGGCCGCCUACGACACCCUCACCCCCUCCACCCCCACCAUCCUCUGCUUCGAUGACAUUGGCAAUUUAUCCGUGAAUUCCGCAGCCUGGAGUUACUUGGAGGGUUUGGCUCGACACAAAGGUCUGUACGAGACGGAAGAACGAGUGCGCUGGAUGCGCCUCUGUAAUAUUUACAUAGUGUGUGUGUGCACUCGAGAGGAUAAUAAAAUAGCAGCUCUAGAGGGCUCUUAUAACUUCAGUGGCUGGUGUGUGUACAACAUGGGCACUGAUGACGCCACGUGUGUGACUGCGUUGUCAUCUGCGAUUAUGCCCAUUGUACCCUUACAAAGUCACAUCCACACUGCAUUGAUGAACAUCACAGUGCUUCUGGCAGAGAGGGUGAGUACUUUGGUUAAGUGUGAGGAGGAGCCAUUUGCCCCGGCCAACAAGGUCAUCAUCAUAUGGAAGACGGUAGCGAGCGUGAGAGCUGCCUUCGUUUCACUUUCCCUAUCCUCACCUUCAUCAUCUUCAGGAGUGUUCAUCUUCAACACAUGGCUUCAUGCUCUCAACUCGCAAGUUCUCUUCACAGUCAUCUCCAACAAGUUACAAGGACGAGUUUGGCACGAAAUACAGAAGGGUGUCAUUGAAGGGUGUAACGGAAUAGUUAAUGUACCAGAGGUGGCACCUGUGCCAGUCUGGCCUCCAGGGCUCAGUGCCAGUGCCUCAGAGCCCGACGACACUCUGCCCAAGUACUGUACUGAUAUUGAAGCGGCUCGAGAGAUCACAAAGGUGUUGAUGGCACGAGGUGUGAGGGAGCCGGUGUGUGGGCACCGGGGCGUCGCCGUCGGGGUCGCUCUAGUGGUCGAUGCUGUACACGCAGUGAUCCGAAACCGUCGAGCCCCCUUCCUGCUCGUCUUGGGUCCAUCGUCGAGAGAUAAGGAUAUAAUAGUCUCCAUGGCAGCCGCUUAUCUUGGUUUAAGAGAAAUCACAGGGAAUACCGAGAUGGAGAUGCUAGAAUUACUGAGAAGAGAAAAAGGAGGAGACGUAGAUUCACCAUCUUCACAGCAUCUUACCAUGGUCCACGUUCCUGCCACCUUUCUCAAUUUUCCAGAUGUACUCAAAGCUGUUCUCAAAGUAGCAUCAGAAGAUGAGGAGCCCACGUGGUUGUGUGUGGUGACUGGGAGUGAAGGAGACGUGAGGCCACUGAGCAGAGAGCUGAGGGCACCAGGGCGUCACGGCAGAGUCCUGUGUCUGCCCAAGCACCACGUCGAUCUCCACGAAGCCUUCGUCAAUGAACUCGUAAAACAGAACGCGUUUCUGAAAGAAGAGGAUCGUGGUAACCCGGGGGAGAUGGCGAACUUUAUGGCGUGGGUCCAUGAAGCAUACAGUACUGACGGGACAUUAACCGCUACCAAGGUACCAGAAGCUCUCAAGAGCUCCUCACUCGUCAAGCAGAUGCCGUCUGUGUCAGCUCUGGCGAAGUGUGUUGCCACUCUCGCCAACCUUCUACAGCACAAGAAGCAGCUCGUACGCUCCAAACUGAGUGACCUGGAGACCGUCUUGGGUCGCGUGGAGGUCCUGGAGACUCACACUGGAGGCCUCCGUGGUAAACACGACGCCCUGGAGGCCGGCCUCUCGCAAGUGGCCUCAAGUAUAGCUCAGAUAAAAGAGACCCUCAAGAAGAGAGAAGCUGAUAUAGUGACCGAGGAGAGAGGCGUGAGUGAGAUAGAAAAGGCAGCAACGGUGGUAGAGCGGGCCCAAGACGAGCUGAGUACCGAGGUGACGGAGUAUGUGCAGGAGACUAAGGAACCUCUCGCUCACAUCACCCAAGAGGUCGCCCACCUUGACAUCCACCGCAUCCGCAAGCUGCUGUCUCGAUCGCCCAUUUCGGCGGUUCAGAUACUGUUCGAGUGCGCCGUGGUGGUGUUGGGGUCGACGGAUAUGUCAUGGCGCGCCGUGCGUCAAGCCGUGCAGGACGACAACUUCUGCCACAAGCUGGCCGCUGUCUGCGUCUCUGGCCUCAAGCACAAUGUUAUCGCCAUGUUAGCGGAGAAGCUCGAGCAAAUCAAGAUGACGAGUGAGCACAUGGCCCGCAUCAGCGACAUAGGGGGAGUGUUGCUUCAGUACCUGCGGAGCGCGAUCUUCUUCUGGCACCGCUACCACGAGGACGUCCAGCCACGGCAGGCCCGCGUUCAAGCCCUUGCCGACCAGAAGAAGCAGCUUCAAGUUGAAAUGGCAACGAAGGAGCGGUUAGUAAGGAUGCAUAAGGAGAAGAUUGCAGAGCUAAAGUCUCGCUUGCGUGAGGAGGAAGAGCGAGCGUCCUCGUUAAGGAAGGAGAACAUGGCUGUAGAGGAGGAGCUAGAGAGCAUCCUGGCUGUCAUCAGUCAACUAAACCCUCACUCAGAGAGAUGGAGAAAGGAAAUAGAGAAGCAACAAGUUUUAUCAAAGCAAGUGAUGGGUGAAUGCUUGUUGGCAGCUGCCAGAUUGACCUAUCUUACGCCUCUCUUGCCUGAAAUGCGGGACAUCUUCAUUUCCACAUGGCAGAGGGACCUUAUUAGCCGCGGACUUUUACUUCAACCACAGGAUAUUGAACAACAAAUGUCAUUCAGAUUGGAAUCCCAUGUGAGAGACCUGCAAGAGUUGGUUGGAGAGGCAGUGGAUUACCAUCUCAACCACAGCUCGCUCUUGCUAAUACAAGACCCCCACUACCUUAUUGAAGAAUAUAUAAGUGAAGGUGUUUGGGUAAGAUUGGAUAAAGGCACAUGGAUGCAGGAAUUAAAAGAGCGACUAAGAGAAGAACAGGGUGUGUUAUACCUAAGAGCCGAACACUCUUUAGCUCUACCGGCUGUCAAGUGUGUGUUCAACCUCUUGACAGGGUGUACACCUGAGGGCAGUCAACAGAAGGUGGUAAUCAUUCUUGAGGAUGACUGCAUCUCUGCCCCUUGCCAACUCUGCUCUCAGCACACACUCAUCAAUGUAAUGCUCGACCACAAGGGCAUUGUUCAUCAACUUAUUGAGACUCUGAUAAAGAGUCAUGAUCCCAGAUAUGAGGAGGAAGUGAGGCGGGGGCUGGAGGCGGUGAGUGGGUCCUGCAAGGAGAGGGAGAGGAGAGAAGCAGCCCUGAUACAUGCUCUUAUCCACGCCAGUAACCUCACCUCUAGAGAUGAACUAACAGGUUUCAUGCACCAAAUAAACAAUUUAAAUGAUGCUAUAGCUACAUCGGAUAUGCACCAGAGUACUGUGAAGGAUUUCACGCAUGUUGUUGCUGGGCGAUACUUGCAUGUGGCCAGGUAUGCUGCCCGGCUCUACCACAUGACUCACACGUUGUCUGCUCUCAGCUCAUGUUAUGCUCUGCCUCUCAGCCUCCUGCAGGAGAGCCUCGCCUCUAAGCUGGUACAACUCUCGCAGGAACAAGUGAACAGUGAGGGGAAGACUAGCCAAGAAUAUUUAAAGAAAAACGAGGACAUGAUGAAUGUAGUUACACAUACAGUUUUUGAACUGAUGGACAUGCGUCUACAGUUUCAACACCGGCUCAUUGUGGCUACCUGUUUUACUUUAGCCAAGAUGAACAUGAAACAAGAGAAUGAAGAUUACAUUCGGGCAUUCCUAGUCCCGCUGAGUGAAGAAGAAAUAGUGUGGGAUAAUAUCAGCAUCCCGGAUCUCACGAAGACGUCAGGGCAUCGUGACUCCACGGACGACCUUGAUGAAUCUCUUACAGGUGAUUAUGAUGCUGAUGACACACAAGACGAGCAUGCUGAACCGGAAGAUUCCAUCCCAAGGUGGUUACCUAAACAAUGUGAUAAAAGGAGUGCCUAUGUGUUGACUCACCUGAGUGAAAGAUGCAGCAGCCUGUUUCCAGCCCCACUUGAAGUCUUGGAGGAAUCAGGAAAAUCAAACCUGCUGUUGUGGCUGGCACGAGGCACCUGCUCCUGGCCUGAUGUCUUUCCUGCCACUGAUCCUAUCCAGCAAGCAGCACAGCGAGCAAUACUGGCGCGCCACCUGCGGCAGGACCUACUGGUGGACGCCAUGACGGAUCUUGUUAGAAGAACCCUGGCAGAUGGCGCUCUGAAAUCCAACUCUAACACGCUGCCGAAGGCAAUACUCCAUCAUACAAAGAAGCAGAAAGCAAGGAGAUCCAGGAUAACUAACGUUAUUCAGGUAAAUGUAAGCAGAGGCGCCAAUCUUCCUCGUGUACUGAUGGACGUCGCAAGAGAUGCUGGUCUUCCUUAUUAUAAACUUACCUUCCUCUCCAUGGCAACAGCAUCCCAGCAGGAGAUCCGUCGACGGGUGGUGAUGGCAGCCAGGAGGAGAACUUGGCUCAUCUUGCUGGACUGCGAGACGGCGUCCCACCACCUCCCCAACGCCCAGGCGGCUCUACUCACUCUCCCUCCCACGCUCGUCACCCCUACCGUCUUCUGCGUGGUCGCUGACGUCGCCGAGAAUGCAGUCAAGUGUCAGAAUGCUGUAGUGGGUAAGCUGACCGCUGUUGACUGGUUACACCACUAUAUACCAGGCGCUGUUUCACGAACUGUGAGCAUUAUGAUGUCUGUAGGUCUGAGUAACACUAGAGUUGGAACUCAAGUUGAGAGACCAGUCAGCCUUUAUACGAGUCUUGCUGCCUACUUGCCCAUCGCUUAUAGUCACCUGCAGAAGCACACACACGCAUCAAGACCAUUACAAGAUCACACAAAGGCAGCUGUCCUAACUACCGCCUACAUCUACGCUGUACUACAUGCGAAGGGGGAGUACGGUGGAGAGAGUUGGCACAGGCGUCCACCUGCCUCGGAAACACUGCUGGUCGAGGCGCUCGAGGUUGGUCGGAAUUACACCAGUAAGGCGCACAUGUCGUGGGAUGUAUUAGCAAAUGUUCUCGCUAAGGUGGUAUUCGGUAGUGUGUUCCCGUCACAGCUCGACCAGCAAGUCGUCAACAAGAUAUUCGCAGAUCAUUUAAAUGAUCACAUGUACCCGGCUCUGUCUGAAAACUUAAGUGUUUACAAGCUAAAAACCACUAGUUACAGUAGCGACCAGCCAGCUGGAGACGCGGGAGACCAGCCCCCAGCACAAGGUGAUGCAACACACAUUCUACUACAUUCGUUGCCAAGUGGGGAUUUAACUCUUAAUCUGCAGCUUCCUCCCCAAAACGCUGUAGAAAAUCUGUGUAAACAGUCCGUGGGAAGAGAAGAGAGACUGCUGGGUUUGUACAAGGCCCAUCAUAGGACGCAGCAAACAGAGCAGACGCUUGCUGCCUUGGGGGCCUUCACGGAGACGCCAUAUGUGCAUGUGGGGGCGCAGAGAGUGCUAGACGUCACCGGCCAGCUCCAGAGUAUCCUGGUAGGCGGGGUGAGACAGGCAGCUGGACAGGUCCCCCGGGAGGCUGACCUUGAGACUCAAGCCUGGCUACACGAGGCUCUCAUUUGGGACACCAUGCACCAGACGGCGCACAGUAGGCUAAACCUCAUUAAAAAGGCAGUGAUGGAUGGCACAAUUCGGCCGGCACAGGCUCUCUUGAUGUUACUGGACCUUGUGCACAGAUUCCUCCUGCACCCUGACGGUGACCUGCCCUCCGUGCCUCACUGUGGUCACCACGCUCGAGCAGCUGCCAGGGACAACAAGAUGAGCGUGGGGCUGAUGAAGGCAGUGAUCACGGCGCUCAAACGGCUGGCAGUGGAAUGGGGCGAGAGAUAUGAGCACUUGUGCACUUGGGCCAGAAGCGAGAGUCCGCCGGUAAGGGUGCGUCUCGGCCUCCUGGCGUCACCAGGCUGGUGGCUGACUCGGCUCCGCCAGGCAGUAUGUCUCCGUGCCCACUGGUUCCUCCACGGCACCCUGGUCUAUGCCACCACUGCCACGGUCAAGCCCAGCGAACGACCUCCCCAGGGAGUGUAUGUUGACGGGGCGAAGCUGGUGGGGGGCUGCUGGACGGGCGAGACAGCUGUACCACUUAGCCACGAUGUGGAAAACUGUCCCCUUGUCCUCUCGCUCUGUGUUGCUCACUCUGUCCCGCCCGGCUCUGUGGGGCACGCAUGGAUACCAGUACUGGAAGAGUCUACAGCCGAACGGCCGCUCUUCAAGGCCCUGCUGCCACUUCAAAAGGACUUCGCCUCCUGUACACCGCUUCACCUCCUUCUACACUAAUGUCCGUCUCUAAUCUGAUAGAAGUGUUGAAUUUAUUUAUAGAAAAAAAUGUACACUGAAUUUUGUUAAGUUGCUAAUAUAGGAAGGAUAAGGUGUGAAUCUUUUAUACUCGUUGUGGUGAAUCUAGUGAUGACCCCUUCCUUUGAUAGUUUAAUCCGUAUUUUUAACAAUAAUAUUCAAACAAAUGCAAGUUAAGAUAAGCUCUAAGGAUGAACUAACGUACAGUCUGGUCUGGCCACUAAAACAGGUAUCGAGCAGCUAAACAAUCGGUAACAACACUUGUUCCCCCUCCUCACUCACCCAAUGUUGUUUCAGAUUUAGCUACUCAGAACGAAGUGUCCAUGUAGCACGGGCUAUGGGGAGCCCGUAAUUUCACCCAAUUAUAGGAAAGCCGAUAUAGUAGGGUGCGACCAGUCACCGAACCUCAUUCUCCACCUCACCUUAGAGACCUAGAGACCUGCCACGUUGGUGGUGUGACCUUCCCUGUCUCUACCAGCUAAGUACGUUCUUUCUCGCUAUUUGUGUAUUUAGUGUAUUCAGUCGCUAAUUAUUGGUAAUAACAUUGACAUUUGGUAUUUGUUGUUAAUGUAACUGUCAUGUUAGGCAAAGAUGGGGACGGGUUCAUGAACAUUUAAUGAAAGUGCGUCACGUCUCAACAUGGAUAAGCGUCUCAUGAGAAUGUUAUUUGAAAACUGACCGAAGUAAAAUAUUACGAGCACAUUAAUCAAUGCCGGUUCAGUAUUAUGGCAAAACUAUAACAGGUUCCAGUUGUAAAUUUUGAAGAAAACGAUUGUAACUAAUAAGAAUGAACGAACGUUAAAUGAUUUUAAAUGAUAG